AUGAGCAUGACUGUUGCCGAGGAAGAAUCAGAGGGAGAGAUUCAUGUCCCAGCUGAGAUUGAUUGGAAAAUGCUUGAUAAAUCGAAGUUUUUCUUCCUUGGUGCUGCUUUAUUUUCUGGUGUUUCAGCGACAUUGUAUCCUGUUGUUGUGUUGAAAACUAGGCAGCAAGUUGCUCAAUCGCAAGUUUCUUGUAUCAAGACUGCGUUUUCGUUGAUUAAGGGUGAGGGGUUUAGAGCUUUGUAUCGUGGGUUUGGUACUUCGUUGAUGGGUACGAUUCCUGCUAGAGCUUUAUACAUGGCUGCACUUGAGGUUACUAAGAGUAAUGUGGGGACUGCUACGGUUGGUUUUGGACUUGCUGAACCGACUGCUGCUGCAAUUGCUAAUGCAGUUGCUGGUUUGACUGCUGCUUUGGCAGCUCAGCUUGUGUGGACACCGGUUGAUGUUGUGAGCCAAAGGUUGAUGGUUCAAGGUGGUUGUAAUUCGAGUGAUCCUAAGGGUUCUUCUGUUAGUGUGGUGGGCUUCAUAUUCUGUUACACAGAGGAUGGUUUGGGGUGGAGUUGGAUAUUACUUGAGUAG